ACUCUCUCCUCUCCUCACUACCAAGGAGCUUUGGAGAGACUCCUAAGAACAAAGCUAUAUAUAAACACUGCAAGGGGAAAAUAAGGGAACUUGCUCAAGGAUUGAUUCUGACAUUUUUUAGAGAGGAAACUGGCUUUGUUUUUAGGUCACCAGGCCAGGUAAAAGUCUGAAGAGGAUUCUUUUAGUCCUGCAAGUUAAGUCUGUAAAGUCACAAUCCCAGUCAGCAGAAUGGAGCUUCAGAAGAUGAACGGACACAGCAGAGAUGAUGGGUUUGAUGGUCUUGAAGCCGUGACCGAACAUGAAGAGUUUCUCCCACAUAAACCUGGAGCCAAGAAAGAAACCCACUUCACGGAUUUCGAGGGAAAGACUUCAUUUGGCAUGUCCAUCUUUAACCUCAGUAACGCCAUAAUGGGCAGUGGGAUUCUGGGAUUGGCUUAUGCAAUGUCCAACACUGGAAUCAUUUUUUUCUUAACCCUGUUGGUGUUCAUCGCCAUUCUGUCUGCAUACUCAAUUCAUCUCCUGCUGAAAAGUGCUGGAGUUGUUGGCAUCCGUGCUUAUGAGCAACUUGGGAAUCGGGCUUUUGGUCCCCCGGGGAAAAUGCUGGCAGCCUCCAUCAUCACAGUCCACAACAUCGGAGCCAUGUCCAGCUACCUCUUCAUCGUCAAGUCGGAGCUCCCACUGGUUAUUCAAGCUUUCCUCAGUAAACAUGACAACACAGGAGAGUGGUUCUUGAAUGGAAACUACUUGAUCAUCAUUGUUAGUGCUUCCAUCAUCCUUCCUCUAGCACUCAUGAAACAACUUGGUUAUUUGGGCUAUACAAGUGGCUUCUCCCUCUCCUGCAUGGUGUUUUUCCUAAUUUCGGUUAUAUACAAGAAAUUCAACAUCCCUUGUCCACUGGAUGAUGAAUACACAAACAUAACUGAAGUUAUCGAUGAUCACGGUGUCAUUAACGGGACGGAUGACCUCUGUGAAGCCAAACUUUUUACAAUCAACCCACAGACGGCAUACACCAUCCCAAUUCUGGCUUUCGCAUUUGUCUGUCAUCCUGAGGUUCUGCCAAUCUACACAGAGCUAAGAGAUGCCACCAAGAAACGUAUGCAGAACGUCGCCAACUUCUCCAUCCUGGCCAUGUUUGUCAUGUACCUGCUAACUGCUCUUUUUGGUUACCUCACAUUUUUUGGUGCUGUGGAGUCUGAGCUGCUGCACACCUACAAUCGAGCAGGUCCUCUGGACGUCCUGGUUCUCUGUGUCCGUCUGGCUGUGCUGGUGGCUGUAACUCUGACUGUUCCUGUGGUUCUAUUCCCGAUCCGCAGGGCCUUGCUCCAGAUCUUCUUCCCAGAAAAACCUUUCCACUGGGCCAUUCACAUCGGUAUCGCAAUCAUCCUUAUCUUCGUGGUCAAUCUGCUUGUUAUCUUCGUGCCCUCCAUUCGGGACAUUUUUGGUAUCAUCGGAGCAACAUCGGCCCCCUGCCUCAUCUUCAUCCUACCUGGAAUCUUCUACAUUCGGAUCAUCCCUGAAGACGAGGAACCAUUACUGUCUAGACCAAAAGUUCAGGCUGCAUGCUUUGCUGCACUUGGAUUCGUCUUCAUGAUCAUGAGUCUGUCGUUUAUCAUCAUUGACUGGGUGACCGGGGAGUCAAGAAGCGGAGGCGCUCACUAGCUGUGACUGAACAGACAUACUACGAACAGAAUGCCAACCAAAGUUCCCUCCCUGUCUUUUAAAAUACCCCUGAUCUGCUGAGAUCUCAUUUGAAGCCAAAUGGGACAGUUUGGCCACACAAGAUGAAGGACAUGUGAAGAACCCUUCACAAUUAAAAAAAGAAAGCUUUUCGACAUGUGACAGGGCAGAAAAAAGGCCCUGUAAUGGGGGAGAGAACACAGACACAGUGUUUUCUGACUGAUUAAACCCACGUAAUGGCUUGCAGUGAGGUUCUUGUUUGGAGGCAUGUGUAGAAAUGCUAUAAAGCAUGAAUGGGAACAGCAUGACUCAAAUGGAAAUCCCAUUUUAGAGUAUGGAUGGAUACAGUUCCCUGGAAUAGCUCAGUCACUGCCAAAUCUUUGCUCUUCUUCCCUACAUUUCAGAUUUACUGGGCAGUAAUUAUGAAGCGUCACAAUGCAAACUUAAUGAAUGACUUUAAACACCAAAACACUUCAUCUGAUGCUAUUUUAUUCUACCUUUAGGGCUCUCAAACCUGCUGGUGCAGCGUUGUCCACAUUUAAACAGUACAGGUUAGUCUACAGAUUCACACUAACUAUUCCAAACCACCAAAAGAUAACUUCCAAUCACUUUCACACCAUUUUAAAUGAUAAUGUGAUUUUUAUUUGUUCUUCUUUUAACUUAAUUUAAGACGAUCAUCUUCAAUCUGAGUCUGUUGUGACCUUUAUUUGUAUAUAAUCCAACAGAGAUGGUGCAAUUUGUGGUGUUCAGCUGCUAUCUAUGAAGGUCAAACAGAAAGUUACUGACAAUCAAAUGUGAGUGAACCUACACAAUGAGUUGUUUGUACAAUUUUUAAGUUAUUCCUAAAAAAAAACAAAAAAAACUAGAGGCAAACCAAAGAAGUUAACUGUGUCGUAUAAAACUGGGUGCAACACACUUUUUUUGAUGUGUUCUGCAAAAGCCUGUUAAAAGUGUACAUAAAAAAUGCAGUGUUAAAGAUGGUGUCUGUUUUAGCAGUCCAUGAACUCAGUUUGGUGACUAAUGACCUCUGGUUUUUAACUUCAAAUGAAUGGAGCCUGUUUGGUUUUUUUUGUCUUGAAAUUUGACUCAAAUAUUUUGAUUUUGUUAUUCAUCCUGUACAUUUUUAAAUUAAUUUGAAUGUUAUCUGUCAAUAAAAUGUCAUUCAUUUGUAAA